GGUCACACUCUGGAAGAAGCUCUGUGUCUUGGGAGGUCUUUCUGGCAGCCUGUCCCCAUGCCUCUCCUCUUUCUGCUGCUUCUGCUGCCAAGCCCUUCACACCCCAGUUCCAUCUGUGAGGUCUCCAUAGUGGCCAAGCGGAUGGAAUUGAACUGUGAUAACCUAGGCCUGAAGGCGCCGCCUCCGGAUCUGCCGGCAGAAACUGCCAUCCUGCACCUGGGAGAGAACCCUCUGGGCACCUUCUCCACUGCCUCCCUGGUGUCACUGACUUCCCUCACUCAGCUGCACCUGAGUAGGAGCCAGGUGACCAGCCUGGAAGUCGACGGGAAGCUGCCACAGCUGGAGACCCUGACCAUCUCCCACAAUAAGCUGAGAAGCCUGCCCUCGCUGGGACAGGCGCUGCCGGCACUUGCUACCCUCGACGUAUCCUUCAACGAGCUGACCUCCUUGUCUCCCGGGGCCCUGGAGGGCCUGACCCACCUCCACGAGCUCUCCCUGCGUGGCAACAAUCUGACAACUCUGCCCCAGCUCCUGGCGACCACCAGCCAGCUGCAGAAGCUCAACCUGGCGGACAACAGGCUGAGUGAGCUGCCCCCCGGGUUCCUCCAUGGGCUGGACGAGCUGCACACCCUCUACCUCCAGGGGAACUUGCUGCGCACCAUCCCCAAGGGCUUUCUCGGGGCCCCCAUGCUGUCUUUUACUUUUUUCCAUGACAACCCCUGGUUCUGCGAUUGCGGGAUCCUCCAUUUUAGCCACUGGCUGAGGAGGAACAGUCAGAGCGUCUACUUAUGGAAGGAGGGUGUGGACGCCCAGGCCAUGACCCCCAACGUGGAAAGUGUGCAAUGUGACCAUCCGCACAACAUGUCUGUCUCCGCGUACAUGGGGAAGGGCUGCACCGCCAGUGGGGACCAGCUGGACUACGAUGAGGACUAUGAGAGCGACAGUGUGCCUUCCACAAGGGCUGCGGUCCAGUCCUUCACCACCAGCGAAGCCCAGCCAACCCACUGGGACCCAUUUCACUCAGUACUUACCACCUCUCUGAGAGGCCAAACACCCUCCUGGCUUCCAAGUAAGAUAAAGACCACAUUCCCAGCUAUCACAGGACCCAUCUUCUCUACAACCCUGAAACCCACUACUGAGCCCUCCACCACCCCCACCCCCCCAAAGCCCCCCACCACCCCAACUACCCCAGAACUCACAACUCAAACCACCUCAGAACCAACCAAAUUCUCAACCUCUGUGGAAUUCAUUUCAGUCUCUGCCACCUUAGAACCCACCACAACACUCAUCUCUGAGUAUGCCAACUCCCUGAAGAUCCUCAGGGUGGUUCAAGGGACUCUGGAUGGCUCCCAAAAUGACCCUUUUCUCAUUUCUGACUUUUGCUGCCUCUUCCCCUUGGGCUUUUACAUCUUGGGUCUCCUCUGGCUCCUGUUUGCCUCUGGGGUCCUCAUCAUGCUGCUGACCUGGGUUGGCAGCGGGGCACCGCAGGCCCUGGCCACAGCCACGCACACCACGCACCUGGAGCUGCAGAGGGGAAGGCAAGUGAUGGUGCCCCAUGCCUGGCUGCUUUUCUUCCGAGGCUCACUUCCCACUUUCCGCUCUAGCCUUUUCUUGUGGGUACGACCUAAUGGUCGGGUGGGGCCCCUGCUGGCGGGACGGCGGCCCUCAGCCCUGAGUUUGGGUCGCGGUCAGGACCUGCUGGGUACAGUGGGCGUUAGGUACUCUGGCCACAGCCUCUGAGGGCGGGCAGUUGGAGGACCUGGAGAGGCUCUGACGGGCUUUCCUACUGGGAUCCAGCCAGGGCGGGUGGGUACAGAACACAGCAUCAGGGGAGGCCUUAAUUAUUCUUCCUUUAUCAGGAGCCUUAUUUUCACACCACAAUCUCAGACCCAGCAAAUCAGGAGGGGCAGUGAGAUGGAGUUGGGUGGGUCAGAGAACAAAGGGAGCUCCCUACGCUGCAAGGCAGGGUUCCCAGACCACUAGGUGACUACCAGCGCUUGGGGGACACUUUAGGAAAAAGCCAUUAAUAAACAGAAC